ACACGUUUCUUUGGUCGGCCAAUGGAAGAUUCUCUCUCGACAAUGGUCGUUCACGUGUUCUACACGCACCAGUGAUUAGGCGCCAACCGCCAAAACCGUUGCCCUUCGCGGGGCGUGAUAUCUCUGCAGAAUUCCCUCCGCUUCCACGUUUAGUACGCCUCUUUAAAAACAGGGAAUCGAGAAAAGUAAGCAGAGAAGAAUGGAGGCCCAGAUUCCCCUCCGAAACGGCAGCGUGUCCGAUUGCGCUCUGUCAAUUCCCGAUCAUCACCGGAACGAUGGAUCUGCUCUCAUCUUCCUGGGGACCGGGUGUUCGGGCUCCGUCCCUAACGCAUUGUGCCUUCUCCGACCCUCCGAUCCUCCCUGUGCCGUCUGCCAUCAGGCGCUCUCUGUUCCGCCCGAGCUUAACCCUAACUACAGGUCUACUUUCGUGUCUCAAAUCCUUCAGGGUUGUGAUCUUAUGUUUCAAUGUGUUCUGGUAUUUCUGGAUUGAUUUUGGAGCGUAUAGGUGCAACACAUCUCUUCUGAUUGAUUAUUGUCAGAGUGAUGGUAAACACAGCUAUUUAUUGAUUGAUGCUGGGAAGACAUUUAGGGAACAGGUGCUUCGGUGGUUUACGUUCCAUAAGAUCCCUCAAGUAGAUUCUAUUCUUUUGACCCACGAACAUGCUGAUGCAGUUCUUGGUCUGGAUGAUAUACGAGCCGUGCAACCAUAUAGUCCUAUAAAUGAUAUUGAUCCAACUCCUAUUUACCUUUCUCAGCAUGCAAUGAAUAGCAUUUCAACAAAAUUUCCAUACUUGGUACAGAAAAAACUAAAGGAAGGCCAAGAAGUUAGACGGGUGGCACAGCUUGACUGGAAGAUAAUUGAAGAACACUGUGAUAAACCGUUUGUUGCUUCAGGCCUACACUUCGUUCCGUUACCAGUUAUGCAUGGCAAAGACUAUAUCUGUUUGGGUUUUCUUUUUGGUGAAAAAAGCAGAGUAGCUUAUAUAUCUGAUGUCUCGCGUAUUCCUUCUACUACAGAAUAUGUGUUAUCUAAAACCGGGGCUGGACAGCUGGAUCUUCUUAUCCUGGACACACUAUACAAGAGUAGAUCUCAUAAUGUCCACUUUUGCUUACCACAAACUCUAGAAGCAGUGAAGAAGCUAUGUCCAAAGCGAGCUCUGUUAAUUGGGAUGACUCAUGAGUUUGAUCACCACAAGGACAAUGAUUUUCUGACUGAAUGGUCUAAAAGGGAAGGAAUCCCAGUGCAGCUUGCUCGUGAUGGUUUGAGGAUCAGUAUAGACUUGUGAUGAGUGAUAUGUGUAUGCAGGCAAUGUUUAAACCCUGAAUCAAUCGCGAGAACCACACGCAGUUGUCAUUCACAUUUGCGGGAGGAAUUUAUCACAGUAGCGACUCUGAUUGGACGGUUCAUACAUUUUUUACAUGGAGAUAGCAACUUGGGUUUCAAUGAUUGUUGCAAUUGCGUUAGUAUCUUUUAGUCUUCUGAUAUUGACCUGACAGUAUGAUAUCUUGGUGUCAUUUUAUGAUUGUAUUUUUUUUAUCAAUGCUAUGAGUGUUUGGAAGUAUUCCUGUUUUAAGCUAAACAAACCCAGUAUUGAUUGCUCCCAUUGAUCACAUGACUGGUUCAGCUACAGCCUGAGACGAGCUGUGGGAAGGUUUGGCUUUGGCCCCUUUUUUUGGCAAAUAAAAUUUGGAACUUUUUUUGAGUGGAAAA